UUCAAAUCUGACAUUGAAAUGUAGAAGUCAAUUACAUUCUUUUAGAUACAAAUCGCACUUGUUAUUACAUUCUAUUUUUUCGAAUAUGAAAAGACGUACCUUUCAAAUUUUAUUCUAGUUAGUGUUUUAGCUGAACUGAUUAUUUUAGACUUAAGAGGAGGAGUAGAAGUGGUUACAUAUAUAAGAGACUCAUCGAUACAGUAUAUUCAGUAUUCUUCAACAGAUUUUACAAUCUAGACUUUUUUUAAUAAAAUUAAUUUAAUUUUGAAAAAAUGUCCUGCUACUCAUUUAAAAGCGAUGACGAGGAGUCGGUUGUAUUUUCCGAAGAUAAUAUUGCAACAACAUCUCAAAAAAAAGGUACAUCGAAAAGGUUAGCUGUAAAACCGGAGAAGAAACCGGUAUCGAAAAAGACGAAAAAGAGCACUGCUAUUUGUUAUACAGACAAAAUAUUAGAUUUAAUAACAGAUCCAACUAUACCAACCGAUGCAGAGAACACCUUGAAUAUAAAAAAGGAUGAUUGUUCAUUAACGGUUAAGACACCUGUAGACAAUACGGCUCCAGAUUACUGGACUAUAGCACAUUAUAAAUGUGCUAAAAUUGCUAAUGUUGCUCUGCAAGAUAGAUGGAAGCAUGCUGAAUGCUCACUCAAAAUAUCUUUAACAGGACAGCAUCCGGAUGAUUUAACUACAGCCAAAGAAAUGGUGACGCUCAUUCAAUCUGUUUUCGACAAAAUGAUGCGACAUCCCGCCAAGAAGCUUCUCAGACACAGACCAAAAAAAAUAAACUUAUAAAAUGUAUGUAAUAGGAUAUG